AUGACUGGAUAUACUUUAAGAGUCUCGCAUUACGAGGUUUUGGGUGUCACCACAGAUUCGACACUGAUGGAUAUAAAGAGGGCGUACAAGGAGAAACUCCUGAAUGUACAUCCUGAUAAAAACAAGGGUCAGGCUCCUAAGUCAAAUACGUACUCAGUCAACCAGAUUCAAGAGGCAUAUGGUGUUUUAGCUGAACAAACGUUGAGAACACAAUACGAUGCUAGUUUGGAGUUGAUUCAAAAGGCCAAUGGUUUUUACAAUAAUGGGGAAGGGCUGGAUGAGUAUUCACUAGACGGAUUUCGUUUCAAUGAAGAAACGCUUCUAUACAGCAUAGAUUGUCCACGUUGUAAAACUAAAGACGGUAUGCACAUUUCAGAAAAACUACUUGAACGACAUGUCGAUGAAAAUGAUCUUUCCGAUGAUGGUUACUUAGUGUUGAUACAGUGUGUAUCAUGCAGUCUGUGGAUAAAAGUUAAUUUUGAACAGGGAGAAACAGAUGAGGAAUAG